GGGGCUGGUCACUGGGGUCCGUCUUACGGACGGAGUUAGGGCCCCUGGGGGCUGGUCACUGGGGUCCGUCUUACGGACGGAGUUAGGGCUCCUGGGGACGGUGGUCACUUGGGUCCGUCUUACAGAGUUAGGCUCAGCUUCUCAGCUUCUGUGGCACGCUGGUGUGGCUUUUGCUCUGGGCACCACUUAAAGCACAGGGAGCGGUUUUUCAUAGUUAAGACAUUCUCAUUAAUUCCUUUGAGAUAAAAUGCUAUUGUCUCUGGGAGAUUGUGCGUGGAAACGCAGUGGCGGGCUCCCGGCUCCCUGCCUGAGCAGACUGUAUCCCUGAGACAGCUUUGUCAUGGGUGGUUUCCUCCCGUCCCCACACUGUCACACAUACCUAACACCUGCUGGUUUGGGGUGGGCCUGAAGACUGGAGCGGACUAGCAGCCUUUCAUUCCCACGGUUCCUGCCUCCGGACGGCAGUUAUGAGGUUUUCCCAUUUCCUUUUGCCUCUUAGUACCUAGGGGACAGGGUGUCUGAGAAGGUGAAGACCAAGGUUAUCGAGCUGCUUUACAGCUGGACGUUGGCCCUGCCGGAAGAAACCAAGAUCAAGGAUGCUUACCACAUGCUGAAGAGACAGGGCAUCGUGCAGUCUGACCCACUGAUCCCUGUGGACAGGACGCUGAUCCCGUCUCCACCACCUCGUCCCAAGAAUCCUGUUUUUGAUGAUGAGGAGAAAUCCAAGCUUUUAGCCAAGUUGUUGAAAAGCAAAAACCCAGAUGACCUACAAGAGGCCAACAAGCUCAUCAAGUCCAUGGUGAAGGAAGAUGAGGCGCGGAUCCAGAAGGUGACCAAGCGUCUGCACACUUUAGAGGAGGUUAAUAACAACGUAAAGCUGCUCAGUGAGAUGCUGCUUCAUUAUAGCAAAGAGGACUCUUCGGAGGCCGAUAAAGAGCUCAUGAAGGAGCUGUUUGAUCGGUGUGAGAAUAAGAGGCGGACGUUAUUCAAACUAGCCAGUGAGACGGAGGACAACGACAACAGUUUGGGGGACAUCCUCCAGGCCAGCGACAACCUCUCCCGGGUCAUCAACUCUUACAAAACAGUUGUUGAAGAGCAGGUUAUCAAUGGUGAGAUGGCCGACGCGGCCGUGCCAGAUGCGGCCCUGCCAGAUGCGGAAGGAAACCACUCUAGGAACCAGGGCACUCUCAUCGACCUGGCUGAGUUGGACACACCCAGCAGUUCAUCCUCCACGUCGGCCCCAGCGGCUGCCCCACUGGCCUCUGGCAUCCCUAUCCUCCCUCCGCCCCCUCAGACCUCGGGUCCUGGGCGCAGCCACUCGUCCAGCCAGGCUGAAGCCACCGCGGGACCCAACAGCACAAGCAACGCCCUCUGCCUGCUGGACGAGGAGCUGCUCUGCUUGGGCCUUGCUGACCCAGCCCCCACUGCUCCUCCCAAAGAGUCAGCUGCAAACAGCCAGUGGUCCCUGUUCCAGAACGAGCAGCCAGACCUGGACUUCUGCAGCCCCAAGCCUGGGAGUGCUUCCUGCAGCCCCUCAGACGGGCCUCUUGUCCCGGCCUCAGCACCCUCUGCAGGCAGCUCUCAGGCCCCGCUGCCUCCUCCCUUCCCAGCUCCUGUGGUCCCAGCCAGUGUUCCUGCCCCCAGAGCAGGCUCCUUCUUGUUCCCGACUGGACUGGCCCCGGCCCCGAAGGCUGAGUCCACAGCCCUCGGGUACCAUGGCUCCGCUUUGGGGGAUAGCAGCCUGCACCAGCUAGAUGCCCUUGACCAUCUUCUUGAAGAGACCAGAGUGACCUCAGGCCUGGUGAAACCGGUCUCUUCCAUCUUCUUUCCUGGGGCUACCACCUCCCCUCUGAUCCCUGCCGGCACCACUGCUAGGCCUCUCCUCCCCUUCUCCCCAGGGCCUGGCAGCCCUCUCUUCCAGCCGCCUUCCUUCCAGUCCCAGGGCAGCCCCCUGAAGGGGCCAGAGCUCUCCCUGGCCAGUGUCCACGUCCCCCUGGAAUCUAUCAAGCCAAGCAGCGCCCUUCCUGUGACAGCCUAUGAUAAAAAUGGCUUCCGCAUCCUCUUCCACUUUGCCAAGGAGUGUCCACCUGGACGGCCUGAUGUGCUGGUGGUGGUGGUGUCCAUGCUGAAUACCGCUCCCUUGCCUAUCAAGAGCAUCGUGCUACAAGCCGCCGUGCCAAAGUCGAUGAAGGUGAAGUUACAGCCACCCUCUGGGACAGAGCUGUCUCCAUUUAGCCCCAUCCAGCCUCCUGCAGCCAUCACCCAGGUCAUGCUGCUGGCCAAUCCACUGAAGGAGAAGGCGAGGCUUCGGUAUAGGCUGACUUUCGCCCUGGGAGAGCAGCUGAGCACAGAGGUGGGCGAGGUGGACCAGUUCCCUCCCGUGGAGCAGUGGGGUAACCUAUGACCCCAGAGGACUUUCUGUCAUCACACUGAAGCCAGGCAGGCUGCUGCAAGACGGGAGGGAGGGCUCCCCGGUCCAGUCACCCUCCACAUCCUGGAUACAGCGUUUGGAGCUUGGAUAUGGAGCAGGGGCCCUGGGCAUCGCUGCUGGGAGCCGGGCUGCUGCUGUGAUGCUCUCUCCCUUGGCCCCCUAAAAGGACCUGAUUUUUGUCUACCUGUGUGACUUGAAGUGGCCAUGUACUGUCAGGGGUGGGGAGUGGCCCCAGACUCCGCACUCUGGCCCUGGCUGGAGCAGGCUUUCCCCCUCAUGCUGGCAUCCUGAUGCCAUGGUGGGGGGAGGUCCCUAAGAGACUCGGGGCUCUCCCUCCCUCAAGGACCACAUCCUCACACCCUUAGAGGCCUCAGCCCCAUGUCACUACUCUGUGCUUCCCCUGCUGGCAGACUCCUGCUCCCACCUCCAGGGAGGUAGGCAAAGCCCCGGGGCCCUCAACAGCCCUGGGCACCGAGUGAGUUGGUGCACUGCUGUGUCUCCGGCUCUGCCCUCCGUGGGCAGCAUGCUGGAACAGCCGCCGGGUGAGGCGUUGUGUGCUUGUCUCUGGUGGUGGCAGGCUGUGUCCUAUGGACAUCUCAGUAAAAUGGGGAAUUAGCCUGUCAGAACUUGGCCUUGUGACAGUCAAAACUAGGGAUACAAAAGAAAAUGGAAGAGAACCAGUAUUUCCCCUUCUCUGGAAGCAGGCACCCAGAGCUUUCUGGGGUAAGUGUGCCUCCUGCCUUGGGAACAGGCCAUCCUACUCACUACCUCUUGCUUGGCAUGAAAUAAACUGCUCUUCUGCCCUUCGAGUCUGAAGGGGAGAACAACUCCCAUCA